AUGCGGGGGACUGUCACCGUUAACAAAAUUCCAGUUCUAUGCUACUAUUGUGUUUCCCUUCCACGUAGCCCUAAAUCUCAUCCUCUUCUCCUUCCCACCUAUCCUGCUCGGGUUCUCAUGGACAACAAUAGCAGUAGCGGCGGGUCCUCUUUUGCAUCUUUUGCUCGUAACUCCAGAAGUGGUGGUAGAGGAGAAGAUUGGGAUGAUAGAGAAAGAUCAAGGGGCCGUGGUGGUGAUCGAGGGGGUGGCUCUGGCAAAGAUAAAAUUGACGCCCUUGGUAGAUUGUUGACACGUAUAUUGCGCCAUAUGGCAGCUGAGUUGAAUUUGAAUAUGCGAAGUGAUGGAUAUGUGAAGGUUCAAGAUCUGUUAAAGCUGAACAUACAGACAUUUGCUAAUAUUCCAUUGAGAUCACAUACUGUUGAUGAAAUUAAGGAGGCUGUCAGAAAGGAUAAUAAGCAGCGCUUCGGCCUCUUGGAAGAAAAUGGGGAGCUUCUGAUACGUGCAAACCAAGGCCACACAACAACGAUAGUUGAAUCUGAAAGAUUGUUGAAGCCCAUCCUUACAUCUGAAGAAGUUCCAGUGUGCGUUCAUGGGACCUAUAGGAAGAAUUUGGAAUCAAUAUUAGAGUCUGGUCUAAAGAGCAUGAAACGAUUGCAUGUUCACUUCUCACGCGGCUUGCCAACUGAUGGGCAAGUGAUUAGUGGGAUGAGACGGGAUGUUAAUGUUUUGAUCUAUCUCGAUGUCAGAAAAGCUCUAGAAGAGGGAAUGAAGUUUUACAUUUCAGAGAACAAGGUAAUCUUGACUGAAGGUUUUGAUGGUGUUGUGCCAGUCAAGUACUUCGAGAAAAUAGAAUCGUGGCCCGAUAGAAAGCCGAUACCUUUCUGA